CUCUCACUCACUCAAACCUCCGUUCCAGCAAUCCCUCCACCCCCUCUACGAACGCUCUGCGCCUCCGCCCUUUCGAUCUCCUAUUUCCACCCUCUCUCAAUCUCACAAUGGCUUCCGGCUUCGGUAACAACGGCGGUCCCUCCCGCUGCUACAACUUCUGGCAAGAGGUACUGGGUUGUUAUGUUGUCAACUCGGCCGAGGGUGAGGUGGGCAAGAAGAAGUGUCUGCCUGCCUUGGAGGAUUACCACGAGUGCCUGCACCACAAGAAGGAGAUCAUGCGCACGAUGAAGAUGCAGGCUGCCUACCGCAAGGCGGAGGCCGCCCACCCCCGCGACAAUGCGCCCAAGGCCGAACAGAUCCGCAGUCUAGGAUUGCUAGGGAAGGAAGAAGAGUCGGCUGCGUUCUUGACACGGGCAUGAGAGGCAUGUUGUGCGCAUAUCGGGAGUGUGGAUUUCAUGUUGAUUGUUUCAAUUACUACCAAGAUUCUGCUGGUUUGUUUAUCCUUUCUGUCUGUUCAUCACUGCGAGGUCCUUCACUGUAUAGAAAUGGACAAUUUUCCUUUUUGUGCCUGCGGGGUUUGUGUUGGGUCCAAGCUUGAGGUCG